AUGGCCUCGACAGAACGCGUCGCGCGGAGUGGGAGCAUCGAGAAGAACGCGGCGGAGUCGGUGGAGGAGGAUGUGUCGGUGAAGCCUGUCAUCGCGUACGGUGGAGAAGAGACCCUCCCGCCCCCGCCGGAGCUCAACGCCGAGCAGCAGAAAGCGCUGUACCGCAAGAUCGAUUUGCGGCUCAUGCCCAUCCUUACGCUCAUGUAUCUCUGCUCGUUCCUGGACCGGGGUAACAUUGGAAACGCGAAGCUGCAGGGUCUUACGACGCAGCUCAACUUGACGGGGAACAAGUACAACAUCGCACUGACGAUGUACUUCGUCCCAUAUUGCCUGUUUGAAUGCCCAGCGAACCUGGUCUUGAAGAAGUUCCGACCAUCAAGGUGGCUUCCCGGAAUUACGCUCGCUUGGGGAGUUAUCAUGACGCUGAUGGGUCUCGUCAAGACCUACCCUCAGCUUGUAGGAGUACGAAUCCUGCUCGGAAUCGCAGAGGCCGGUCUCUUCCCCGGAGUUGUUUAUUACCUUACCCUGUGGUACCCGCGGCACAUGAUUCAAUUCCGUAUCGGGAUCUUCUUCGGCGGUGCAACGCUCGCAGGGGCGUUCUCGGGGCUCCUCGCAUUCGGCAUUUCGUUCAUGGCUGGGACCGCGGGCUUGCUGGGGUGGUCGUGGAUCUUCAUUAUUGAGGGUCUGCUGACAGUCGUGGUCGGGGCUAUCUCGUUCUUCAUUCUUGUCGACUUCCCGCACACUGCCGCGUUCCUCACCCCGGAAGAGCGCGCGUACGUGAUUCACCGCAAAAAGUACGACAACUCGUCUGUCGGCGAGGAAGAGCACUUCGAAAUACGCCACAUUUGGGAGACGAUCACCGACUGGCAGGUGUACAUGCACAUCCUGAUCUACAUGUCGAUCAUCGCACCUCUGUACGGUAUCUCGCUGUUCUUGCCCUUCGGCUUCACCACUGCCAUCUCGCAGCUCCUCACCGUACCGCCCUACGUCUUUGCGACUAUCACCUUGCUCGUGUGGGCCGUCUGGUCCGACCGCAUCAAGACACGGUACCCGUUCGUGCUCGCCGGCCUCACGUUCUGCCUCGUCGGCUUCGUGAUCAACAUCUGCGACGUGCCGAUCGGCGCGAAGUACUUCGGCACCUUCCUCAUCGUUGCGGGCUCAUACGCCGGCUUCCCCGGUGUCGUCGCGUGGCUGGGAAACAAUCUCGCAGGGCACUACAAGCGCGGCGUGGGCAUGGCGCUGCACAUCGGCAUCGGGAACUUUGGGGGCGCGAUCGCGAGCAACAUCUACCGCACCCAGGACGCUCCGCGCUACAUCCUCGGACACGGUAUUGAGCUCAUGUUCGUCGGGAUUGGGUUCAUCGCUGUGCCGAUCACGGUGCUCGCGUACAAGCGCAUUAAUGCGCGUCGCGAGGCGUUGGUGCGCGACGCGACCGAGAAGGGCAUUACGCGCUACACCCCGGAAGAACUAAGGCGCAUGGGCGACCGUGCGCCUGACUUCCGGUACACGCUCUGA